AUGCAUGGAGCCUUCUUUCUCACUGCACUGCUGCUGCUUGUUGCUACCGCCUGGGCGGACCCUGUAGUGACGAAUACAACUACCAACGUGACCUACCAAGGUUUCCUGCGCAACAAUGUCGAGCUGUUCCUGGGCGUGCCUUACGGAAGCGACACUGGUGGACAGAAUAGAUUCAAGCCGCCGGUGUUUGCUGAGCCAGCAAAUGGAUCGACCAUCAACGCCACAGCUUACGGUCCUGCCUGCCCACAAGCCAUUGGCAGACCACCGCUCUUCCCGCUCUACACCUCAAACACUACAGAGAUCUCCGAAGACUGCCUCAAUCUCAAUAUCGCACGGCCGUGCGGUACCAGUGAUGGCUCGAAGCUGCCCGUCAUGGUCUGGAUCCACGGUGGCAGCUUCUGGUUUGGGUUCAACGGCGAAGCUGCGAAUGCGCCCGAUGCCAUGAUACUGGAGUCUGAAGCCAACGGCCUGCCUAUAAUUCAUGUUGCCAUCAACUAUCGGCUGGGAGCAUUCGGCUUUGCGCAGAAUCAGGCCUUACGAGAGGAGGGCUCACUAAACGCUGGGCUUAGGGACCAACGACUUGCGAUAGAAUGGACGAAGACCAACAUUGAACUGUUCGGUGGCGAUCCCGAGCAGAUCACUAUUGGCGGACAGUCCUCCGGAGGGCUUGCAGUCGGAAUGCAAAUUGUAGCAUACGGGGGCACAAAGCCAGCGCCCUUCCAACAAGCGGUCUGUGAGAGCCAGUCUCUCGAGCCAGGGAUCACUGGCAACUUCACGUAUCACCAGAUGGAUCUUCUGGCAGCUGCUACAGGUUGCAAUACCAGCAGUCUCGACUCGAACGAAACCAUAUCCUGCCUGCGUGGCCUCGACACAGAGACACUUCUCAGUGCCUCAAUCGAGACAUACUCUGGCGACGUGUCCAACAACAUCGGCGACUGUUGGCUGCCGGUCGUAGACGGUGACUUCCUACCAGACUCGCCCUCAAACCUAGUCGCACAGCACCGCAUGGCCAACGUCACCACUAUCAUAGGCUGGGCCGACGAUGAUCUGGGCUUCUUCACACCGCGCACCAUCACGACAGACAAUGACACAGAAGACUUCAUCACGACCUAUCUCCCCGACAUGAACUCGACAUCCGUCGCACACUUACUAUUCCUCUACCCAGCAACCGACUUCUCCGCCAAUCCCUCCGCCGACCUCUCUGCAAACUUCUACCGCUCAGCCCGCAUCUUCCGCGACGUCCUCAUGACCUGCAUGCCCAGCUGGAUGGGUAGCCAUCUGGCCGCCAUGGGAGCAUCCGUCUUCCUGUACGACCAGAACGCAACCGUGCUAGGCCCGCUCCUAGAAGAUCUCGGAGCCACGGGGCUCGGACCAGUCCACACCUCCGAGUUUGCCUACGUCUUCGGCAACCUCAGCCACUAUAACCUCACUGAUGUUGGUCUCCCCGGCUUCGACCCGACCGAGGAGGACUUCGAGCUAGCGAAGCGCCAGACGCGGAGCUGGUCGAGUUUUGUGGCUGUUGGGCAGCCGAGUCUGUUGAGUAAGGAGACCUUGCAGGGGUGGGACUUGGCGUUUGUGAAGGGCGAUGGUGCUGGUGAGGAGUGGGAUCCGAUGAGUGCUGAGCAGACGAGUGUGUAUGUUGUUGGUGGUGGGCAGCCAGGCACGUCGACUAUGGAGGGUGAGGGGGCGACGAAUGCGAAGCUGGCGGCGCAGAAGCUGAAGGAGCGAUGUGCGUUCUUCAACUCUGAGGAUAUUAUUCGGCAGCUACAGUUUUGA